UAUACAAUCGCCUGUACUAACACAAGAUUUCCAGUCUGCUUUGACAGAACAAAACAAGGAGAAGCUCAGUACAUCCUUGGUCAAGAGCCAAUGACUUGGACCGCUGCUCGAGAUUUCUGCAGAAAAAGCUACACGGACCUCGUCAGUCUGAGGAAUGAUGCAGAAUACCAGACAGUCCAGGAUCUUGCCAAUGGAAAUAAAGUAUAUGUUGGUCUCUUCAGAGAUCCCUGGGAAUGGUCAGACCUGACUAACUCCUCGCUAAGGUACUGGAGAGAAUCCCAAGAAGUAAAUCCCAGAUAUGAUGAAAAUUGUGUUGCUUUGUUGAAGACUGAUUCUGGUAAAUGGGGAGACAGGAAAUGCACAGAAGUGCAUCCUUUCCUUUGCAAAUGCAGAGAAACCAAACUGCAGGUCAUAAAACUGAGGAUCAGACAGCAGGACUCACUUUUGGAUCUAAAUGACCCUGCUGUGCAAAACAGCAUCUUGGAACAAAUGAAACAAAAGCUGAGUGGAAAUGUAAAUGGUGUCAUUGGUCUUCAGUGGAAAAAACACUCUGAUGGAAGAGUUUUCAUUGUGGAUGCUGAGGAACACAAUCCAUAAGAAGACCACAGGGGAAUUGCUCAGAAUCUGUCUUGAUGAUGUAAAAUCCCACUAAGAUGUGUGGUAAAAAAAAAAAAAAACAUAACUGUUUUAGAUGUAGCUUUGUUUUUCAAUUGGAAUACCAUGUUUAGGAUGUAAU